GAUUAAUUUCAUUAUUAGGAAUAAUUUAUUAGGGAUAUCACAGCUUUUAGGAAGUCUUUAUAGAUGCUUUAAUAGACUUCUUGAAAGAAGGUGAUGUCGCCUGUCCUCACAAGGACGAUCUUAUUUAUAGAGCAGGUGAUCGACCCUGUUCAACAGUGUGAGCAUUUACUGGCUCUCAUCAGCAGUGCUUCUAUCAUCGUUGUACUUAACGAUUCUUGCUUUCUUAUUAGCGAUAUAGGUAACCUUGAGAGGAGUAGCUGUCUCUAGAUCAUCAAGUGUGAAUGCGUUCAGCUUUUUCAUCACAGACAAUACUUUGGUGUCCAUUGACUUUGCUUUUCUGGUGGGCUGUCUCUUAUUUUCCAUUUUAGAUUAUUUAUUAUUUAAUUUCUUCUUCUU